AUGGGCGCAAGUGCUGAAAGAAGUCUUCGCACGGUUUGGGUUAUGGGGGCAUUGACAACGGCAUUGGAGGCUGGCAUUGCCCGACCAAAGACGGGAGAAGAGCAGGAAUGGCUGAUUACCAACCGAUCCACAUUCGAAGAGUUGGCUAAGCAAGGUGACGAAGACUUCAUCGACUUACUUGAAGAGCUGGAUGCACAAUAG